AUGUCGUCUUUUCGCGAAUUUUCACAUAUCACACUGUCAACAACCCCAUUCAAAGUGAGGUUGGAUCAAAAUGCGAUGAAAACUGAUUCCGAUAUCGAAAAAGACAAAAACAUGGCUUACAAAUGCGCUGAGCGAUUCAACUACAAUACAAAUCUUCAUCGAAAAGUCACACUCAGCGACCGUUUCGAGUUGGCUGCUUUCGGAUUCGAAAUGAAGGCAAAGUCGCAUACGCCAGUGGAUACCAAAGAUGAGGAUACACUUGAUUACAUUUACAGAAAGGAGAAAAAACAGGAUUAUGCCGCAUCCCCACUGCCAGCCGGAAUGAGUCCAACAAAUCCGCUACCAGCAGGACGCGGAUUCCUCUCUCCAGCGAUUCACGCUACCAGCAACACGUUCGCAUACUCUGGACAUUCGAAAACUACUCCCCAAAAGCAGUCAACUUCCGCAACGACUCGUAAACCCAUCAAGUCAAUUUUCGACGAUAUUCCAUCAAACAUUGAAUGA